AAGAUUUUGCCUCCAGGUUGGUGUGGACGUGUGACAGUGACGGUGUGAAUUGAUGCCAAACUGGAAAUGCUAGGAGACAUGGGGAUCUCAGGGAGAACAUCUCUAGUUCUAGUCAUCUUCAUUACUUUUCUACAAAUCCGAGCUCUGAUGUGUGACAAACCCACAGUUGUUUCUGGCACUGAGGGUCAAAUGUUUGACUUCAUAUGUGAGUAUCCAAGCGACAGCAAAAACAACACGAAACACUUCUGCUGUUUAGACAUUGAUGAGUCCUUCGGUCAGGUCGUACGAACUUCCAAACACAACGAGUGGACAAGAAAAGGACGUGUCUCUCUUUACGACAACACUACAGCUGGCUACUUUAUCGUUAGGUUGGAUAAACUGUAUUUAAACGACAGCGGGAAGUACCAUUGUGGUGAUUUUGGGAGCAGUGAUCGCAUCAUGAAGAUACAUCUGCAUGUCUCCCAAGUGUAUAAAAUCCUUGCCUCCACCACGGCUGCACCAGUUCACAAGCUCACCAUGCAGCUGUUCCUGACUAUUAUAUUGUGUGUUGGAGCGAUGAUCUUUGUGUGUCUGUUCACAAUAUGUCUUCUUCUGGCUGCGAAGCACAGGAGAUCCACCCCACGCCAGAAAAGAGAGACGUCGUCUGACUAUGAGACGAUGAUGCCCUCGCCUGCGGGAGCGGCACCAGAGCCCUGUGGAUGUUCGCAUCCGGACUGCAUUGACCUCUCUACUUUACCUCGGCCACCUUCUGACCUCUACUCCUGCUUCACAGAAGAGAAUCGGGAGUCCACCAUCUCCUGCAGCCUCGGCGAAUACGUCGAUGUAGACAUACCGGGACAUAUCUGCCAGUACCAGAUUCUGGACCGGAGCCGACUGGAAAACCAUGUUUACCACAGUCUUCACGGGAGCUGCAGCUCCAAACAACGAGCUCCAAAAGAGCAGAUUGUCCACUGACAUAGCUUAUACCUGGAACAGUGUGUGGGUUGGUUAUUGGUAUUAAGUUAUACCAAUCUGUAAAAAGUGACAGACUUUUCUCUCAGUUUUAUAGCUUGAAGUUUCUUCAGUGACAUGAAGGAGGAAGUGCCAGAUGUUUCUCUGCUCCUUCUACCUGCCCGCUGCCAUCCUACUUGCUGAAUGUAUUGUACAAAAUUACAGUCAUAUUAAGAUGCAGUCACCUACUUGGAUGUACAAUCAACUUAUCUGACAGUAUGGGCAAGUUAAACUGUUUUUUCUUUCAAAAAAUGUAAGAAAACUGUAUGAAAAAAGUUUUAAAAUGCUUUCCAUCAUUCUGAUGAGUCAACAGAAUGAUGAAAAGGGUCAGGAAAACACCGUCCUUCAGCUAUUGUGGAGGAAUUUAAUCUGAAACGGACAUUUUCAUUUCCUUUCUUUCAGUACUAUUGGAAAGGCACACAGAUUUCUGUUGGCUGUUUGUGGUAAAUGAAGAAGGUAAAUGAUCAGAAUUAUUACAUCUUACUAACGCUGUUUGCACAGUUGAAAGUGGCUUUAAUGAGAUUAAAAAAUGUACAGA